ACCUUGUUGAUUUAGUUGAUCCUUAUCUUCUAUUCUUGAAGCCAAAGCUUACCUUGUUUUGCUAUACAGUUGCUGUUUUUACUGAGAAAAACAGCUCAUUCCACAGUUCAUAUUCACAAUUCGUAGUGUUCCUUUCUUCCACACUUUCAGAUCGCUCAUAAUGACCACCACUAAGUUGACAAGACCCAUUGUGAUUUCCGGACCUUCUGGAACCGGUAAGUCCACUCUUUUGAAGAAGCUCUUUGCUGAGUUCCCAGACAAGUUCGGCUUUUCCGUUUCCAACACCACCAGAAACCCUAGAGAAGGUGAAAAGGACGGAGUCGACUACCAUUUCACCACUGUUGAAAACUUCAAGAAGGAUAUCAGCGAUGAAAAGUUCAUUGAAUGGGCCCAAUUUUCCGGUAACUACUACGGUACCUCCAUCAAGGCUGUUAAGGACGUCGCUGACACAGGCAAGAUCUGUCUUUUGGACAUCGACAUGCAGGGUGUCAAGUCUGUCAAGAAAACCGACUUGAAUGCCCGCUAUUUGUUCCUCAGUCCUCCUUCUAUCGAAUCCUUGAGAGAAAGAUUGGUUGGAAGAGGUACCGAAACCGACGACUCGCUCGAAAAGAGAAUUUCAGCUGCCUCAGCCGAAUUGGAAUACGCCAAAACUGGUGCCCACGAUAAAAUCAUUGUCAACGACGACUUGGACAAGGCAUAUCAAGAAUUCAAGGAAUUCAUCUUGGCCGAUUCUGAUUUGUAGUUACAGAUAAGUCUUUAAAAUUUUCUACUCUUGCUUAGCAAUUCCAUCGUGAUUGCCAUUUGAUCACUAGGGUAUUGCUAAGAUAUCGUUUACAUCAUAUAAUCACAAUAUUAGAUAUAUU